UUUAAAUAAUGUUUUUUUUUUUGUUUUUUUUUUGGGUGGGGGGGGAUCCAGGUGUAAUAAAGUUUACGAAGAAAACCUAUGUAGCUCUAAGUACACUAUUUAAAAUUAGUAUUAUUCAGCACAACACAACACUUUACUGUACGGCUAGCUAGCAAUGGGGAGGGGAGCGUAUCUAUGUUCCCAGGGUCCUAUGUUCCCCAGAUUUAUACGCCACACAUGGUGAUUUAAAGCUGGAGUUAAGCGUCAGCGUAAUUGAGAGCUGGGACAUGUUCAUACUUAACGUUGUUGUUCCUUUUUUUUUUGACCGUUUAUAGGCUACAGUACGGCAUUUCUUCUUAUAUUUAGUGUAUACAUUUCAACUGUAUGAAGUCAGAGGGUGUGGAUGAAGGAUGGAUUUUAAACUCCUCCAUCCAUGUUCUAUACCACUUCUCACAGGGAACCUGGAGCCUAUCCCAGGGAGCAUGGGGCAUGAGAAGGGGGGAACCCUGGACGGGGUGUCAAUCCAUCACAGGGCACAAUCACAUACACACUCACACACCCAUUCAUACACUACGGACACUUUGGACACGCCGAUCAGCCUACCAUGCCUGUCGUUUGACUGGGGGAAGAAACCGGAGUACCCGGAGGAAACCCCCACAGCACGGCGAGAACAUGCGAACUCCGACACACACGGGGCUGCGGUGCGAAUCGAACCCCCACUCCUGGAGGUGUCUGGCGAACAUGUUAACCGCUACGCCACCGUGCGCCCGAUUUAAACUCCUCAUGUAUGUUGUUAUUCAUUUAAAUUCAAUUCAGUUUUAUUUGUAUAGCGCUUUACAAAAUAUAAGCUCCGCGAGACGCUAUGAUUAAGAAACCUUGAGAGGAACCAGACUCAAAAGGGAACCCUUAAAUAUCCUUAUGUGAGUAACACCAGAUAGUACGAUCAUAAAUAAAUCCCCGACUACAUGGUCAGACAGCGCAAAUGUGUAACCGGGAAGUUCGUUACAGUUAAAAGUGUCUUUGGUGUUUAAAGUUAAAGGGUAAUAAAGUGAACACGGCCUGUGGGAAAAUGAAUCCUGAUGCAUUUUAAUAAAAAACCUUUAUUGAAGUUUGCUUAACGUGUGCUAACAGAAGGGCAUAGCAAUGACGUCAUAAACAUAAUAAAAGUAGCUUCUUUUUUAUUUUUACAUAUAUAUUUUUUUUUUCUUCAGCAACUCCAUUUUAAUACAUGUUAAUUUUCGUAACUGAAUGCCUGUAACGUUUCAAAAGAAACAAAUGUGAAUGAAUGAUUAUAUGAUCAUGCUCUACGAAUACAAGUCAAGCUUUGUUUAUUGUUUAUCGAAGUUGAACCAGUUUGUAUGGUGGGAUUUACACACUGAUCGUUUCACUCGUUUCUUUUAUAGUGCAUAAAGCUACUCCUGACACAGGUUGAACAUAUACACUGGGAUAAAUGAUAAUAGUUGAGAUAUUAUAUUCCUAAUGUUAAUUAUAUUACACGCAGGUUCAUUUCUGCUCCUCCGUGUAUGUUGUCUAAUUUGCGCCUUUUAAUAUUACUUCCGCCUUCUGAGGGUUUUGGGGGCGUAAAUACGAAAGCCCCGCCCCCUGAUGCUCAUAACCCGUUUAGACAUGUUGUCUUGUGCAGUUUUGUGGGGUGGUGUGUGUGUGCUAGUGUGUGUGCGGGGUGUGAGGCUGUCGACCAUUUUUUACCCGGCACUCAUAUGAUUAAUAAUUUUCACCCCCCGCACUGAACAGGUUGCACCCUCGAGGAACGUCCGAGCUUCUCAACUGAUCAACUAAUAAUAAUAAUAAGAAGAAUCAUUAUAAUAAUAAUAAUAAUAAUAAUAAUAAUAAUAAUAAUAAUAAAAGGAAGGAGGAGAAGUUGGUGGAGCGUUUUGGAGUCACUACGGUUAAUUAUAGGCUAAAGGAGGCUUUAUGAGGAUGUUUUGAGGAGGAGAAAUACAGCAUAAGGUGGAAUGCGUAAAUCCAGGAUGCAUGCUAGCUGGAAUAAAACCAAGUUCCUUGGAGUGAUGAUGAUGGUCAACUUCCUGAUUUACAUUCUGGUGGAGGUGACACGGAGUUACGGCAAAUGGGACUCCACGAAGCCCCGCGUACCACCCGAGCAGUUCUGGAAAAAGCCUGAACUCAGCGAGGCCAUUUGGAACCGCAAGCAGCAGCAUCUCGACUACGUUUACAACCCAAUAAUCCUUCCCACCACCGAUGGAACCAUCAGCGUGUCCCUCACAGAGGUCGUGCAGGCCUCCGUUCAGCCGAACUACACAGCCAAGGUCGAGCGUUGCAAACCAGACUUUAAGAUAACCACGCAGAUUAAGGAUUACAGUUCCCUGCCUCAGCGCUUCAAAGACUUCCUGCUGUACAUGCAGUGUAGGUCGUACCCCAUUCUGAUAGACGCUCCAGGUGUGUGUUCUGAAACACCUUUCCUGCUGCUUGCCGUGAAGUCGCUGACGCCUCAUUUUGAACGGCGCCAGGCUAUCCGGGAGUCCUGGGGACGCGCCGGGAUCCUGGCCGGUCACCGUGUGGCCACCGUGUUCCUCUUGGGCAAGACGGAAGGAAGUGAUUACUUCCCGGAUGUUUCAGCGAUGCUCCGUUAUGAGGCGUCGCUGCACGGCGACCUGCUUCAGUGGGACUAUCGCGACACGUUCUUCAACCUCACGCUGAAGGAAGUUCUGUUCCUCGAGUGGAUGGCCGAGCGCUGCCCCUCAGCCCGCUACAUCUUCAAGGGUGACGACGACGUCUUCGUGAACACCCGGAGCAUCCUGAAUUUCCUCGGCGGACUCUCGGAGACCAAGGCGCGAGAUUUAUUUGUCGGAGACGUGAUCAGUAAAGCCUCGCCGCACCGGAACAAGAAUCUGAAGUACUACAUCCCUGAGAGCAUCUUCGUUGGAGCUUAUCCACCGUACGCGGGCGGGGGAGGUUUCCUGUACUCCGCUGACGUGGGGAUCCGGUUGAGAAACAUCUCUCUGCACGUCUCGCUCUUUCCCAUCGACGACGUCUACACCGGCAUGUGCCUGCAGAAACUUGGCCUGGUACCCGAGAAGCACCAAGGAUUUAGGACUUUUAACAUAGAAGAAAAGGACAGAGAGACUGCCUGUGCCUACCAAAGUUUAAUGCUGGUGCAUCCCAGGAGUCCACAGGAGAUUAUCAAAAUCUGGGGUUGGAUUAGCGACCCCGGGCUGAGCUGCAAGUGAGAUCGGACAGUGUUUAAAUGGACUGGAGAUAAACUAGGGGCAUAAAUGACUGAUGCCGGUUCCCCUGCUGGUCCGGAUGCUAUCAUAGAGGACCGACAUCUGAUUAGAUCCUGAUCUUCAGAAUUUCUGCUCUUCACUUUGGAGACGUUCUGAAUGGUUUAUCUCCGACCUGCGACCCAUGACUGAACUUUAGAUGAGUGCACGAUAGGAUUGCUGAUAUCUUAUCGUCUGUCAGGUAUUCUGUGUUCGCUGGCUAGUGCAGCAGCAGUGCACUUCUAACAGCAAGCAAUUCAGCCUUAGCUCACAACUAAAAUGUAAAGUAAACAUCACCCACGUUGUACCAAACUGCUUUUUUAUUUAUUUAUUAUUUUUAAAUAUCCUUUUUUAAAAUAUCAUUUUUAAAUAUAUUUUCAACAUAAGUUACAAAUCUGAACUAUGGCACUUAAAAAAACCAAAAAAAAAACAGAUUUACUUCCCUGCUUUUCAGUGUUAUUUUAUUUUUAUACACGUUAAAAUAUCAUCAAAGUAAUUUUUAAAGGUUUAUUUUGAAAUAAAGCGUUGUACAGUUUUGUUGGCAGUUUGGUAGAAAACCUGCAUAUACGGCUACAUGCUAAGUAUCGUAGACCUGUCUUAUUGUCGUCUUAUCGUCCACCCUUACUUCUGUUCCAUAUUAGCAGUAAUGAUAAUAUCCUUCAGGUGUAUCGAUAGCUUCAAGGGAUAUUCCAAGCCAUCCAAGACCAUGUCACGUGCUUGCCUUGUUUUGCUAAUUUUCCUGAACUCGUUUUAUCUUCUGUUGGCUCAGACUGGGAAAAAGAUCUUAGACAAUGCUCCUAAAUCUGCUCAUCAACUAGCGAAAUAUAUGAUCUGAUAUCUGCCUAGCAAUGUGACUGUAUCUCUAAUAUAGGAAAAAUCAAACUCGAACAUAUUUUGUGCGGAGCUCAAGCGACACGCCUAGCGUAGCCGGCAAGCGACAGAAAUCUAUCGUAUCUAUCUCACAAGUGUUUUCAGAAGUACAAGCCCAGAAUAUGUUGACAAUUUAAAAACUAUCUGCUAGUCAUGUUAAAGUGUUACAAACCAAAGAGCGUCAUUUGAGUCCAUUCAUGUAAACAUAACUAGCUAGCUAGCUAAAACCUCGAGAGAGUCGUCACCAUGGUAGCGAAAUGGCAAACUGGCCUGGCAAUUCGCUAAUAUCAUUUCAAGAAUUAAAGUAUUCAAUAAAAGGAGUUAUUAAAUAAGUCUCGGGCAUUCCUGCAAUAGUUAAACUCGUUACAGCGGAACAGUUCUGCGGUUAGGUCCAGUGGGAAAAUUGCGCUAAGGAAAAAAAAACAAAAAAACGAUUCUGUUUGUCCAAGAUGGCCGCCUCCGUAACAUUAGAGUGCACAGUUACACUGUGAAGUUUUUAUCAUAUUAAGAGACAACAGGAAGUCACACUGUGAUCCGAAUCACAUCGGCGAUCUGUAGGCCAUGAAUGUGGGUUGAUAGAGAUUUACAGAUGUGAUGCUGGGUUUUGUCUGAUUGGUUGCUGCGUUAGCGUCGUCGCUCAAGUGGAAAAACUACAGAAAACAACAUUCCUUUGAUUUGGUUUAGCUUAACAGAAACGGGGAUUUUUUUUUUUUAAUUUAUUUAUUUUUUUUUACAUUUUAUUUUCAUGAUGUACUGACACGACAGGAUUUUAAAAUAUAAAUAUAUAUAUAUAUAUAUAAAAAUGAUGGAUGUUCCAUUAAAAUAAUGGCUUGGUGCAUUUGCAAGUCAGUGUAGCAAGCAUAAGGGCUAUAUGAUGUCAGCGAACGUUUGUUAGUAACGAUCAUCAGACAGUACAUUAUAAUCUGUUUUGGUUGACUUGAAUGGGACUUUGGACCCAGAGAUUACCUCAUGAGUCUGUGGAAACGCUCAAGAUACUUUGCACGUUCGAACGUUUACAAGUAUGUGAUUUUGUAAUGUAUGUGAAUUGUACUGUAAGUGUGCAUGAUAAUCUAAACUAAUUCAGAUUGGCCUUAAACUAGACCUGGAUUUAGGUCAACCUAAGCCUAAGUGCACUCUGUAGGGACCAAAAGCCAUAAUCUUACUGUCCUAAAAUUGUGUAUUAAUACCUGCAGUAUGGAACAACCUGUGGAUUCUGUUUAAUAAUAAUUUAUAUAUUGCUAGUUCUGAUUGUGUGUGUGUGUGUGUGUGUGUGUGUGUGUGUGGAUGACGUGAAUAAAGCAAUGGUUUUACCCUUUUUUUAAAAAAAAAAGAAAAAAAAAAGACGUUAUUAUUUAACAGACAUUCAGGCAUUUUGAACAGGGUAUUUAUGUAUUUUUUUUAUGACUUGCGUUCAGGUGUAUGUGCGAGAGAGAGACAGUGAGAUUCUGUUUGUCUCUCCAAGUUUUAAACAAACUGCAUUUCAGCAGGAUUACAUUAUAUCCGUUUCUUUUUUUCAUUAAAAGAUAAAAAGUCUGUCUAGUCUGCACUGCUGUAGUAAAUUAUAGUAACUUCGUGUCUCGGUUGUUGUUUUUUUCUUUUUUUCAGUAAACCUUCACAGCAAAAAAACAACAACAAAAAAAUAACUAAACAAAUUCUGUCUAAGCAAGUGAAGAUAUCUUGAAUAUGGGAAAAUUCGACAAAUAUUUCUUAUUAUGAAAUAAGUGUUGCUUUGGGAAGUGUAAGUGUGUUGUGUUGUUUUUGUGUUCGUCACUCGAUCGUCGUUUUCAGCCGUAACGGAGGCUUGUGUUUGUCUCUGCACAUGCUUGUUUGAUUGUUGCUUUGGUGCCUUUAUGUUGUUUUUGGUUUCGCACUCGAAAAGAUUAAACAUUCCAUGGCAUA